AUGAGAAGCGCCAUCAUUCAGUGUGAUUUCACCCUUGAGCAGCCUUGGCAGUGGGGAAAAAACUACAAUGAGUCCGGAGUAUCGGGCAUCUUAGAUGUAGAGGAGUUAUGCAUCUCGAGCUUGGACUUUGGGUCUGACGACGACCUUCACGCCACUACCAAUCUGCUUGAUUGGGAAAGGGUCCAAAAGGAUUGCUUUGAAAUUGAAGAGCUUUCGGGAGAUGUUUUUGCAGAGCCUUUUGACGGUCGCUACCAGGUGAACAAACCCCGAAUCUGCUUUAGACUGAGUCACUGUUACUGCAAUUCGCAAUCAUACUCCAAGAUCAUUGCUUGGCAUUAUCGCGAUAUGAUUGGAGUCAUGGCAUUCUCUGUCUCGUCCGGCGUUUUAGUCGUUUUCCAGCAGAUCGAGGACUGUUCUACUGAAGAACUACCUGAGACGGCUAAGACCGGCAAGUGGAAGCUUCGUGAGGCGUUCACGACCGCUUCGAAGAACAUGAAACCUCGGAAUCUUGGCUCAACUGAUGCGAACCAGAGGUCACAACACACCAUUGGAAAGAUAAAGUUGACGCCAAAAGCAGAGACUACAAUAACGACGCCAACAUAG